GACCACCGUUUCACGAAGUCUCACCAGGGCUAUGGCCUCUUUGGACGAGGUGCGGCAGCUGAAAAAAGAACAUACCCGUUCCUUGACUAUGUGUGGCCAUGUUGGUUUUGAAAGUUUACCUGAUCAGCUGGUUGAUAGAUCCAUUCAGCAAGGCUUCUGUUUUAAUAUUCUCUGUGUGGGGGAGACUGGAAUUGGAAAGUCAACACUGAUUAACACACUGUUUAACACUAAUUUUGAAGAACUUGAAUCCUCACAUUUUUGCCCAUGUGUUAGACUUCGAGCUCAGACAUACGAACUCCAGGAAAGUAAUGUUCGCUUGAAACUGACCAUUGUAAAUACAGUGGGAUUUGGUGACCAAAUAAAUAAAGAAGAGAGCUACCAACCAAUAGUUGAUUACAUAGAUGAUCAAUUUGAGGCCUAUCUCCAAGAAGAAUUGAAGAUCAAGCGUGCUCUUUUUAACUACCAUGAUUCUCGUAUCCAUGUGUGCCUCUACUUCAUUGCUCCAACAGGCCAUUCUCUAAGGACACUUGACCUCUUAACCAUGAAGAGCCUGGACAGCAAGGUGAACAUUAUACCAUUAAUUGCCAAGGCAGAUACAAUUUCUAAAAGUGAAUUACAGAAGUUUAAGAUGAAACUCAUGAGUGAAUUGGCCAUCAAUGGUGUUCAGAUCUAUCAGUUUCCAACAGAUGACGACACUACUGCCAAGAUCAAUGGUGCAAUGAAUGGACAUUUGCCAUUUGCUGUUGUAGGAAGUAUGGAUGAGAUACAAGUUGGAAAUAAGAUGGUCAAAGCUCGCCAGUAUCCUUGGGGUAUUGUACAAGUGGAAAAUGAAAAUCAUUGUGACUUUGUAAAGCUGCGGGAAAUGCUUAUUUGUACAAACAUGGAGGAUCUGCGGGAGCAGACCCAUAUGAGGCACUACGAGCUUUACAGGCGUUGCAAAUUGGAGGAAAUGGGCUUUGCAGAUGUGGGCCCAGAGAACAAGCCCCUCAGCAUGCUAGCUACUGGUCUUCAAGAGACUUAUGAAGCCAAGAGACAUGAGUUCUAUGGUGAACGUCAGAGGAAGGAAGAAGAGAUGAAGCAGAUGUUUGUGCAGCGAGUAAAGGAGAAAGAAGCUAUUUUGAAAGAAGCUGAAAGAGAGCUUCAGGCCAAAUUUGAGCACCUUAAAAGAAUUCACCAGGAAGAGAGAAUGAAACUUGAAGAAAAGAGGAGAAUUUUGGAGGAAGAAUCAAUUUCUUUCUCUAAGAAGAAGGCUACGUGUGAUCUGUUCCAGAGCCAGUCAUUUCUGGCAUCAGGUAGCAGCAUUAAGAAGGACAAAGACCGAAAGAACUUCAGUUUUAUGUAAUACAAGAGUUCCAGAGCACAGAUGGUCAUCACAAUCAAAAGUUUUCUGUAUGCUUUCAGUUUUUACUCUUUUUGCCUUAUUACUAACUCAGUUAUCUCUCAAAGGGCUAAAGUUACUCACAUGCAUAGGAGAAUAUUUUCACAUAUAAAGCUGAUUUGCCAGCCAAAGUGUAUAUAUUUCUCACACAUUUAACUGUUGUUAGGAAUCUGUAAGUUGCAAAUUUGUUGUGGAUCUUGGGUCUACUUUCCUGCUGAGGAAUAGUUGCUUUGCUGCAUGUUAUUCUAAAUAGCAAAGGGUUAUUGACAUUAAAAGGACAGAACUCCUUCAUAUUAUGAAUAUCUGAUUGUAUUUUUAUUCUAUCAUGAACUUAUUUUUUUGUUGUUGUUGUUGUAUACUAAACAGAAAACACUGGAGGCAUGUCCUUUGGAGUGUAUUGCAAAGUUAAAGCUAACGUCAAUAGUAGAAGACUUGAAAAUGUUUAAUACAGUGACUCAAUUAGCAAUAUUCUGAGGUUUUAUAUCAAACUGUGUAAACUGUUAUGUGUCAAUGUGCAUUGUGUAUUGUUUGAUAAAACAAAACAUUUUAAAAGUUAAAGCAUACAUUUGAAGCUGGGUUAUGAUUAUUUUCCUAUAUCAUAAAUAUUUUUUAAAUGCUGCCUUUCAGUGACUAAGAAAGUUGAAAGAAACCUGGAAAUUGUAUUAGGGUAUCUGAAUCUUAAAUAUAUUAAAAACUUGACACUUCAUAUUUCAGGAGAUAUUUGCAUUCAGUGCCUUAAUAGUCCUAAAACAAUGUUUUAUCUUUUCUAAUGAUUAUACAUUCUUUUGUACUUGAAUAUUCUGUAUUCUGAAUAAAAUUUAUAUUCUUGACAAAUCUA